AUGGACAAGCUAGCAAAGCGGAUAUCUACAGACACGAAAGCGAAUGUAAAACCGUAUUCGGGGCGUAGCACUAGUCAUCAUAAGAAAAUGACAGAGGAAGAUAAUUCGGCCAACGGUCGAAACGUCUACUGGAGGAGAUCAAGCGGUAAACUCGUACAACGUUCAGAAAACAAAGACUAUGAUGAGCAAAUGAAGACAUGCGCUUAUACAAUAGAAUGUACGUUCGGCGUCACAGUUGAAGAGCACCCGUGGUCGGAAUGA